CUCUCUUCUCUUUUACCCGUGCCCAUCCCAUUCAUUCACCUUGUAUUUAGUUCAAAAUGUCGAAUUCGGAGCUGUUUGACGUGUAAAUUAUAACAUAUUUUUUCUACUAAAGUAUGAUUUAAGUACUCUAAAUAGUUUUACUUCAAAUAACUGUGACAAGUGUGAGAAAAGUCUCUAGGUUAGUUAAUUAACGCAACAUAAGGGCAAGGCAAAAGUGGCCCGAUGAGUUUCAAAUGUGAAACAAGUAGUUUACCUUCCGUGUAGCAUUUUUGUCUUCUGCAUACAACCCACCCUCAUUUUGCUACAUUCAGGCUGCGAUGGGAUUGCUAAUUUCAAAAAUAUGGAGUCUCUUCGGGAACGAAGAGCACAAGUUGGUGUUAGUGGGGUUGGACAAUGCAGGCAAGACUACCAUCCUGUACCAGCUGCUGCUGGGCGAGGCGGUACACACGCGGCCCACGAUCGGCUCUAAUGUGGAAGAGGUUGUUUGGAAAAACCUGCGGUUUGUCAUGUGGGACCUAGGCGGGCAACAGAGCUUGCGCUCUGCUUGGAACACAUACUACACUAAUAGCGAGUUCGUGAUAAUGGUGAUCGACUCGACGGACCGGCAGCGGCUGGGCAUCAGCCGCGAGGAGCUGCACCGCAUGCUGGCGCACGAGGAGCUGGGCCGCGCGUGUCUACUCGUCUACGCCAACAAACAGGACGUGAAAGGUUCAAUGAGCGCAGCUGAAAUAUCCGAGCAACUGGAUCUGACGUCUAUCAAGCAACAUCCAUGGCACAUACAGGCGUGCUGCGCGCUCACCGGAGAGGGGUUACAUUUAGGGCUCGAGUGGAUCGCGAGUCGGAUAAAAAAGAAAUGAUAGGCUCUGGUGAAGAUGAUGCGUUAUAUACUUAUAUUGUUAACUUUUAAAUUACUAUUAAAACCGGAUGACAGGAUUCCUUACGUAACGCACGGGAAUGGUGUCUAAAUAAGGGGAUAUAACAAAGAAAGCCAGACCCAUGCAUAUAAUUCUCAAAGGGUCCAUAUUGGGUUGCAUACAAGUUUAAGUCAUAUCUUUGAUGCGCAUAACAACUUGUGUCAUAAUCAUUAUUGCGCAUACAAAUGAAAAGUCAUAUUAUAUUGUGUCAUACAUUUUUAGCCAUAAUAUUUGAUGACAUACUCAGCAGUUGUCAUAUAUUUUUUGUGCAUAUAGGUUUUGAUUAUAAUGAAUCAAAUGUCAUACCAGCUAAAAGGAUAUUUAUCGAUAUUUAUAAUGUUUUUACGUAACUUUUUGUAGGAUAAUAAUUUUCAACCAUAAUGGUUUACAUAAAUAAUUUAAGAAACUAAUUUUAGCCUCUCGACAACUUCUUGAAAAACCUUUUCCCUAAUCUCCGUCCAAAGUGUCCAAACACAUAAUUCGACGGAGCCCCGCUCACGCGGGGCUCCUAUUUCUGCAUAGUUUGCCCUUCGGGCAUCUAAAGAAACCUAACGAACCUAACCUACCUACUAUGAUUACUGAUUAGUUUCUUUUAUAAAACCGUUUCAGGAGAAACGGUCCUACUAGAGGGGGCUCCUCUUCGAUCUCCUCUUUUAUACGGUCUUUGUGUGGUUAUGAUUAUGACUAAAGUAAUAUUUGCUUCAUAGGUUGCUCACAACCAUAUAUAUUUAUUAUUCAAGCUUUCUAACAUUUAUGAAAAAAACAUAUUAUGACCACUAAAUAUAUGACUUAAUUUUUUAUGUCUAUAUUAAUACUAUGCACUGCAAUACUUCGAACGAAAAAUAAUUAUGGAUUUCAAGCAGAUGACUUAAAAUUUUAUGCGAAUUAAAUUAAUGACUAUAAAAAUUAUGACAACUCAUUUAUGACAAAACCCCAGUUAUGCUCAGGAAUAAUUCUGACUAAAGAUUUUUAUGACUUACAAUUUUAUGCAUAAAGUGUUAUGACAAUUAAAAAUAUGACAAAAGUUGUUAUGCGACCAGAGGGAGUC